AUGGCGUUCGCUAAGGCACCACGACUAAGUAAAGAUGAUAUCUUUGGAAAUCGAGGGGAAAAUACUAAGGUCACAAGAAGAGUAUUGGCUGAUUUAAGUAAUCUUGGUGGGAACACUUUAAAGCCACCCCUUUGUGGCAGCAAUACAGUGAAAUGGAAGGGUGUAAAAUGUUCAAAUCCGAAAAGGCUUUCAAUUGGUUCUACCAGAGUCCAUGAUACUUCACUGAAAAAAACUACCAAGGUGAACGAGAGUAAAAGAAUAACUGAAGUUGGAAACAAAGGCAUUUAUAAGACAGACCACACAAUCAUCAAAAACAGAACUCUGAGCCUUGGAUCAACUGCUGGUGGAAUAAGAAAACCUGUACCAGCUAUAAAAAGAACAAGCCUCACCGACAAGAACACAAAGAAGGACAAUGUCUCAAGCUUAGAAUCAAAACAAUUGGGUCCAGGUCCAGCCAGUAAAGUCGGCAACAGAACCCUCCCGCAGCUAAGCAGUGCCAGAAGCAAUACUUGGAAAACUCGGACAAGUGUGGGUUCUAUACCAUCGGACCUUAACAACCAGAGUAAGAAUAACGUUCGUAUCCGAAGGAAAUCUAUCAAGAUCCAGACAACUCUGAAGACCUCGCUGCAAAACAGUAGUCUUCUUAAGAAGCCACCGGUUGGCAGAAGUAAAUCAAGAUCUGUUUCUUCAAUCCCUUCUCCUGAAGAAGAAGCAGCUCCGGCAUUGUCACUUCCGGAAGAGGUUGAAACAAAAGCUGUCAAAGAAGAUACCCAAGAAGGGAGUUCAUCCAAUGAACAAACAGACCCAGUGACCAAAGUAUUGGAUGUUACAGCGAGGCCAAAAUCAAAACGUAGAAAGUCUUUCACAUCUCUACUAGUGGCUGGAUCGAAGUUUGAUGGGAAAAAUGAUGAAACUGAACAGCAAGUAAAACUUCCUAGCAUUGAUGAUGAGUCCAAUCAGCUGGAAGUUGCAGAAUACGUGGACGACAUAUAUCACUUCUAUUGGACUUCUGAGGCGUUGAAUCCAGCUUUAGGAUACUACUUGUCUACUCAGACAAAAGUUAGUCCAGUUACGCGUGGAAUUUUGAUCAACUGGCUUAUCGAAGUUCAUUUCAAAUUUCAUCUAAUGCAUGAGACUCUCUACCUCACUAUGAAUUUACUGGAUCGUUACCUCUCCCAAGUUCCAGUACAGAAAAAUGAGAUGCAAUUGAUUGGUCUUACUGCACUCUUACUGGCAUCUAAAUACGAGGACUAUUGGCAUCCUAGGAUCAAAGACUUAAUUAGCAUCUCCGCAGAAGCAUACACAAGACAACAAAUCCUGGGAAUGGAGAGGAUUAUGCUUAAACAGUUAAAGUUCCGUUUGAACGAAGCAACCCCUUACGUUUUCAUGUUGAGGUUCCUAAAAGCUGCUCGAUCAAACAAGAAGCUUGAACAACUCGCCUUCUACCUGAUUGAACUGUGCUUGGUUGAGUAUGAAGCCUUGAAGUUUAAGUCGUCAAUGCUCUGCGCAUCAGCCAUCUAUGUAGCCCGCUGCACUUUGCGUAUGACUCCAGUUUGGACCCCGCUCCUAAUCAAUCAUACCCACUACAAUGUCUCUCAAAUGAAGGAUUGUUCAGACAUGAUCUUAAGGUUCCAUAAAGCUGCAAAGACAGGAAAACUGAGGGUCACUUAUGACAAGUACAUGAGUCCAGAUCGAAGUAACAUCGCACUCUUGAAACCCUUGGAUAAGCUUCCUCUCUAA